AGGCGGCGGCUGCGGCGGAGGGGCCGAGAGCUGGCGGCGGCGGCGGUGGUCGUGAAGGGCAUCGGUGGCGCUGACGGAGAUGAUCUGAAGAUGGAAAGAGCCAGGCGAAGGGGAGGUGGCGGCGGCGGCCGUGGUCGCGGAGGCAAGAAUGUGGGGGGCUCUGGCCUAAGCAAGAGCAGACUCUAUCCCCAGGCCCAGCACUCUCACUACCCCCACUACUCCGCGUCAGCCACCCCUAAUCAGGCUGGGGGCGCAUCCGAAAUCCAGGAGCUGGCCUCCAAACGAGUGGACAUCCAGAAAAAAAGGUUUUACCUAGACGUGAAGCAAAGCUCCAGGGGCCGCUUCCUAAAGAUAGCUGAAGUCUGGAUAGGGAGAGGCCGGCAGGACAAUAUCAGAAAGAGUAAACUGACCCUCUCCCUGUCAGUGGCCGCAGAGCUGAAGGACUGUCUAGGCGAUUUCAUCGAACACUAUGCCCACCUGGGUCUGAAAGGCCACAAGCAAGAGCAUGGUCAGAGCAAAGAGCAAGUCUCCAGGAGGCGGCAGAAGCACUCUGCACCCUCCCCGCCGGUGUCCGUGGGCUCAGAAGAGCAUCCUCACAGUGUCCUCAAAACAGACUAUAUCGAGAGGGACAAUAGGAAGUACUACCUAGACCUAAAGGAGAAUCAGCGAGGCCGCUUCCUAAGGAUCAGACAGACCAUGAUGCGGGGCACUGGCAUGAUUGGUUACUUUGGCCACGGUUUGGGCCAGGAACAGACGAUUGUCCUCCCAGCACAAGGAAUGAUUGAGUUUCGUGAUGCCUUGGUUCAGCUGAUUGAAGACUAUGGCGAAGGAGAUAUAGAAGAACGAAGAUGUGGAGAUGAUGAGCCACUUGAACUCCCCGAGGGGACCUCUUUCAGAGUGGACAAUAAAAGGUUCUACUUUGAUGUGGGCUCUAAUAAAUAUGGAAUUUUCCUGAAGGUAAGUGAGGUGAGGCCACCUUACCGUAAUACUAUUACUGUUCCAUUCAAAGCUUGGACAAGGUUUGGGGAGAAUUUUAUCAAGUAUGAAGAAGAGAUGAGGAAAAUUUGCAACAGCCAUAAAGAAAAGAGAAUGGAUGGCAGAAGGGCCAGUGGUGAAGAACAAGAAUGCCUCGACUAGCAUGAAAUUGAACUCCAUCAGGCAAAAUUUAAAAAUCAUUAAUUGGCUAACAGUACUGAUCCAUAAUCAUUUCAAGAAAUUUUUCCUCUUUUGGGCCCUUUGUUAUCAGUAAUACCUCUAGUAGUUUAUACUUCAAGAAGUCUGAUUCUCAUGUUACACAUAGAUCACUAUGAUUCUCAUGGGAAUUUUAACCUCCCCAGAGCUAAAUAGUUUGGCUGCUUCAGCUGCUCCAGACGAUUGAAGUAUGCAGAUCAGCACAAAAUGUGACAUUCUGACCGUUAAACACCAUAGCUAAAGAUUUACAUUGCACUAUGACAGAAUCCUGAAAAUGAUAUAUCUACUUAAUAUGAAAGUGUGAAUUUCUGUUUAACAAAUCCUCCCCCCCCCAAGAAAGUCCCAUUCAUACUUCAUUAAAAAUUGCUAAGUUUACCUGUAAGGAAGUUACCACAGAAAUAGAAAUUGACCUCCAAGUAUAGUAUAUUUCUUUAUGAAAGUACAAAUAGGAAUAAUUGUUCAUUGGGUAGCUGAAUAUUAGCUAAUGCCACUCUAAAAGAUCAAAUGUUAAUAGGUUAUUAAACCUUUCAAAUACAAUGUCGUAUUCCUUAACAGUUACUAUUUAUAGUGUUCUGUAAUUUCAAAUUUUGUGGUAACCCUACAGUUUUAGUUGCCAUAUCAAAGCCAUGGAAGAGUUUUAAUGAAUUAUUCUAAGCUAGUUACAAUCUCAUCUCUGUUUCCUGUACUAUAUAUUUUAUUGACUUUCUAAAGUUUUGAGAAUUAUAUUUAUGUCACUGUUGAGAGGGAGGUUUUCAUCCAGUGGCUUUGCUAUGGAAAAUUUGAUGUUUUAGCCUUUCAUGAUCAUUCGCAUUCAUUUUUUUUUUCUUAAAAUCUAUCAUGAAUGUUCAAAGUGUUGUAUUUUAUGCUUCCCCAUUUAUGUAUUUCAUAGGGUUGGUGCACCAGUUGAUUGAAAAAUUAGAUGUAAAAAUACAUCUAAUAUAUUUUAGUAGCACUUUAGUAUUUGCUGCCCUUAAAAUCAUGUCAAACUUCCAUUAUAAAUCUGAUAUGAUACAGAUACUUUAACUCCUUCUUUUGCUGAGUAGAAAAAAAAAGCAUUUAGAAUACAAACUUGCAGUCUGGGAGAUACAAUAUUUGGAAACAAGAUUGGUUAUAAACAUUCAAAAGGAAAAUUCAGGCAAUUUCCAAGGUGCUCCUUCUGAUUCUUCAAGAGGUUUACUCUACACAAGACAUAUCCAUUUGCCUGUAUUAAAACUCACUUUCCAGAAAGUGCCACCUGAAUCUUUAAACACUCAAGCAAUUUUUAAACAAGUGGGUAUAGAAUAUACAUGUACCAAUAUCCCUUGUUAACUGACUAAAAUUUCAUCUGUUGGGAUACAUUUUAUUCUAAAUGAAAUUGUGUUUGGUCCUGGGAUCAGUCACUGUCCCACAGUAAGGUCAUAUAAUCCUGUUUAAGAGACAGACACUGAUUUCAACUCCCCAAAUACAGUUCUCAUUGGUGAGAGCUGGCUGCAAGAUUGAGGUCAGAGUGUGACUCUUCUCUGAUGCGCUAUAAGCAAAUCAGAAUUUAUUCUUAACAAUUUUCCCUCUGGAACUUUUUCCCAAACACGUUACACUUAGGUCACUAAGGAGACUGUGGAAUGAAUUAAGGAAGUUGAUUUCACUGGUUUCUGUUACUUAAGAACAAGCAGCUAGUAGCCCAGACAUACCUACUGGUGUUGGUUGCAGAUUAUAUUUCACAUUUCUUGAAGUACUAUGAUGGAAUCUCACUCAGUUCAUUAUCGUUGUGAACCAUCUGGAUCACUGUGGAACAACUGAAGGUUAGAAGAUAAUGUUAGUACUAAAGUCAAUAGCACAUGGUGGGUGUUGAGACUAUAAAAGUAGCAAGGAUUCUUAAACAGUCCUAACUGUGUAAACUAACGUAACUAUGUAGGCUUGCUAAAAAGUAGUUUGGGUAUAUGAAGGAGUGGUGUGCACUUGAAUUACUGUACUACUGAUUGUUAUUGCUGCCCAUCAUAGUGCCUAUCAAUAGUAAUCAACCUGUCAGAUUUCGGCGAACUGGAGCUGUGAAUAUUCCAUAUUCAACUGUUCCUAUCACUAUUGCUGUGAGUGUAUGCUCGCUCUUAAAAUCUUAUCUUCCUUUUUUAAAUAUUUAUAUCCAUUAGGAUGAACUGAUUUCUUUUUGGUUUUUAGUCUGAUGAGGUUUGAGUGUGUAUAUAUAUAUACGUGCAUAUAUACACAUGUCAGACGUGAAGAUAAAUAUAUUUUAAUUCACUGUAUAUACAUAUUAUUAACUUCAUUUCACAUUAAUUAUUUAAGUAAAGAACAAGUUAAAUAGCCAGAUUUUCUACCUUGUAUGUAUACUUCAAAGUUUUUGCCAUCUCAAAGCUACAGGUUGGGUAGAUACAUAUAUACUGGCAAUUGAACACACUCUACAGUCAUUAAGACUUCUACCAAUCCUUUGUUUGCCUUUACAUAGUUAAUAUAUUCAUUGAAAAAUGGUAUGAUGAUAUGAUUUUUUUGAUACUUACAAUUCCCAAGAGUUCAUUAGCCAUAAUUGUGAUCCAGUUCAAACAUCUGGAUUUAGGAUGUGUAUUACCAUGUAUCUUAUAAAAUAAGCUACUAUUUUUAUCUGUGCAAUACAAAUUUUAUUUAUUGUCAUUUGUAACCUAAGUGGAGCUGCAAGUGUACAUGGUAUUCAAAAUAACAGGAUCCUUGCCUUGAAGGCAUUAAACUCUUAAGGAAACUGGAUGUUAGAAACAAAAAAUGAGCAUUGAAGUUAGUAACCAAAAUUACUAGUUCACUGUAUAAUGCUAAAACAUUGAUGAUGUUUGCACAUAGUAAUCGAGCAUAAUGUGGACAGACUCAAACUGUAAUAACAUAAGCUAAUAGUAUAAAAUCUGGAAACGGGUUCCUCAGUAGUUGUGUGCUCCUAGUUAUUGAAGGCAGCACAUUAGUGCUGCUUAUAUGCAAAAGAUGCAAUGUAUUAUAAAGAUAUUCAAGUUCUGCCACAUUUUAUUAUUUUCCUUCUUAAAGCCCCAAACUGCCAUGUCCCUUAAACUUGAGUCAAACACAAGCUUAUUUGCACUAAAGAGCAUGGCCAAAAAAAUAAAUGACAGGGUGGAAAAGCUAUUUAGAGCCUCUUGAAAUGAUUGGUUCUAAUGGAAGAAUUUCACAUUUGUCUAUUUGAAAGCUAUAUGGUCCAGGCAGACAAUCUGUCAGUUCACUAAUUUAAUAAUGCACUUUACCUUUUGUAUAUAGAAGAUGUACAUUUAUGCCACUUGACAGGCAGGAUGUGUUUCAGUAACUAUGUAGUUAGAAUCUGUAAGGUGAUCUCUUGCAUGCACAUGUUUGUGUUAGAACUAUUGUAACAGGUUUCCAUUAAGUCGAUGUAAUGGAGAACAAGGACAAAAGAUGGUUUUAAAACAAAUCUCAGUUCAUUUAACAAGGAAUUUUAAAGUAGAUCAUAUUUGUAUUAAGGACUAGAAUAAUAUAAAACUAUUCCUAAUCCAGAUUAGUAUUGCAGUUCAGACUAUGUCUACUUGAGACUUCCCAUAAUACUCUAAAAACCAAAUCGGGGAAUCUGGCCAGAUAACUUUCUUAAUGGUUCUGUUCCAUUGUUAAAAUGUGUUUAAGUUAUAAAAGGACAGUACAUGCUACAGCACUAGAAUUAAAAGUAUGGUUAGCUUAUAUUUUAAAAAUCACCAGACUAAAGAAAUAAAAUUUUAAAUAAGGAAUAUAAAGAGCUUUGUAAGUUGCUAAAAUAAAUAGGAUAUUUCAAAGUCUGCAAAAGUAUUAACCUUCACCAACUCAAAAGGGAACUGGGGAGUUUGGUGUAUCCUUCUACCCUGAACACAUUUGAAGAUGUAUAUUUGAAAACUAAAUAAUUGUUGCUUAAUAAUAGGUUGUAUGUACUUUACUGAGAAACCCUGUGUACUAACAAUUUAUCAAGAGUGUGCUAUAUUUAUCGCGUUUAUUUAUAUCUAUAGAUAAGAAACAUUAUAUAUAGUCAUCCUAUCUUAAUAUAAUCAUGGAUUUAUAUUGUAAUUUUGCAAAUAUUUUCAGUAAAAUAAACAUUUACCUGAGCUGCACAGUUUGAAGAGGAUGAAAUUGGAAUAUACUCUCAGAUAGUCAUUUUUACUUAGCAGCUAUCAUUGAAAACUGAUGUAUUUAUUGUCAUUCCUUUAGAUUUGUUUUAUAGUUUAUUUACUAUUUAAAUGAGUGAGGCUUGAUUUGAGUUUUAAUUGGUUGUCUGAAAACUGGGAUUUUAUGUAAAAUUUUUUCUUGCCUCUUUCCAAGUGUCUUUCACUGAAACCAAGACAUCCUCUUCCAAACUCUAGGUAAGGGCUUUGGUGAGUCACCACCUAGUCUGAAAUCUGUCUUUACUCCAACACCAAAAGUCUUUGGCAAGAUGUCUUGUCAAAGGAAGUUAACGUUGAUUCUGUGUCCCCAGCAUGGUACAGAUCAAAGAUUUGUCAUUGCCAGAUAAGAUUCAUUAAAAUCUUUCUGAUGUUUCCUUAAGGAUUUCUUGACUUUCAUAGAGGAAUUGUGGCUAAUGGCUAGCUCAUCAAAGGAAGUGAAUACAGAGUUAGCCUGCUGUUGAGAUAGUCUAUGGUCUACAGUAUUACAGCACUGGAGUACAGGAAAAAUGUGUUUCCCAAUGCAAUAUUGCAUGUAAAUUGGAUUUUUAGAUCACAGUAAAUCGACAAUAAAAGAAAUAUGGUCAAUAUGCAUAGGUAGAUGUUACAGGAAGUUUUUACCAUUUUCUUGUAUAAUGGAAAAAAAUCGAUCUUUAUUCUUAAUUUGAUGUGACUUUUCUCAGUCAUUUAUUUUAAUAGUAAGUUUUAACAUUUUAAUAGGAAAAAUAUUCAUACAGUAUCAGGUUUAUGGGACUAAGAAUAUAGUUCAGUUGAUGGAAUAUUUGCCUGCAAUGGAAAAAGCCCUGGGUUUGAUUGCCACACCACUUAUAACACCAACACUGGGGAGAUGAAGGCAGGAGGAACAAAGUUCAAGGUCAUCCUCGACUACAUAGCAAGUUUGAGGACAGCCUGAGCUACAUGAACCUCUGUCUCCAAAAUAAUAAUACGAUGCUGCAAUAAGCAGUAAAAAGUAGCAAUUAGUGUUAUCAAUUUCUUGUGUUUCCUUUUAGAGGCGUUCUCAUGUGCAAACAUGUAUAUACAUGUAUUUUUUUAAAUGCAUAAACAUGCACGUUCCCAUACCUGACAGUAGCAGCUUUAGGUCUGGCAUUUAAGGAAUUAUUUUCUUUUUACUAAAUAUCAUGUUUUAUUUGGUUAGCAUGUCAUUUAGUUUUAUAUUAUACAGAAAAGACGUCAAGAAAAUAGCAUGUAAAUCCAUCGAAUAUGUCUAUUUAUUUUUAUGUGUAAAAAUACGCAAUUUCACAUCCUGGUUUCCUCAUUCCUCCCCACCUCCCCUUCCACAUCACCCCAUUUUUCCUCUCUCAAAAAAAUACUGCCAUUUUCUCCUGAAGUAACACAUCAGUUCAGGGGGGAUCUGGAUAUUGAUAAUUUAGCCAAGUUACUAUAUGUGAGGUGAGCCAUGCUCUCUAAUGAAAAGCACUGAUAUUUAAAAGCUUUAGCAAAUUAUAGCUUUCGAUCCUUCCUAGCUGUGCCACUGUUUAUGCAUCCAAAGACCUUGCCAUUAUGAGCACAUGAACAUUAGAACUGCAGUGAAAAAUUUGAUGCUGUGGCUUUGUUGACAUCGCUUGAUUUAUUAACAGGAAAUACUGGUCUGUAUAAUAGGAAAGGUAUAAAGCUUAUUUAACAGCUCUUCAAAUCCAAGUCUACACAAAGAAACAGCACUGUUCUAAGCAUUUGACGCACUAAUUUUUUGGUUUGUUUCUUGGAUUUGGGGUUUUUUGGGGGGGGAGCAUGCACACCUGUGUGUGUGUGUGUGUGUGUGUGUGUGUGUGUGUGUGUGUGUGUGUGUGUGUGUGUCUGGGGAACUGAGGACCAAUGCUGAGCAAACACUCUGCCACUGAGCCACUUGCCAACCCUCAAAAGGUUGGACUUUUUAUUUAUUUUUUUUAAUGGGCCAGAGUCUGUCAGAAAUUCGGGGCCUAUGAUAAUUUGGGGAAAGUGUAACUUAGAAAGUGGCUGCGAGUACAACUAAGUCAUCUGCUGGAAAAAUAUGAAGUAGCAAAUGUAACUGUUGAAAAGUAAGGCUAGACAAGAGAAAACAAGAAGAAAUUGGCAAGUAUUACUAUUCCUGAAAAUGGAAGCAAACUAAUAGUUCUCUGACAGGCCCUGGUGGGAGGGGGAACAUACACUCUAUGACCUCUUCUCUUUUCUGUUGACUACCAAGAAAAGAAAAAAAACUGAAGCAUUAAAUAUUCUGCCCUUGAACCCUUCAGUUUCAUAAGUGAAAGCAACCAGGUAAAAUAUCUAACAGAAUUAGAAAUAUAUCUUAAACAUAGGCUGAAGGAUUCUUUAUUUAUUUUUAUUUUAUGUGUAUUGGUGUUUUGUCUGCAUGUAUGUCUUUGUGAGGGUGUCAGGUCCCCUAGAACUGGAGUUACAGACACUUGUGAGCUGCCAUGUGGGUGCUGGGAAUUGAACCUGGGUCCUCCGGAAGAACAGUCAGUGCUCUUAACCACUGAGCCAUCUCUCCAGCCCCUGAGGGAUUCUUUUAAUAGAUUGGUACCUGUAAACUUUCUGAGAAAAAAAUAUGAAAAUUAAAAGACAUGGCUUAAACUUUAUGGUAGUAUCUGUGUGGUUGGUGGUAAAAUUUGUUGUUCAGGAGAGAGGUAUUGUCAGUAGAUAUGAUCCUUUUAAACAUUUUAAAAUCGUGAGAGAAUUGCAUCAUAUUUAAUGAAUAACUUCACCAUCCUUUUUGGAUCUGUAAAACUGGCCAGCAUCUGCUUAUACUGUUUAAACUUAAGUAGUGUGUACAUAUUUCUCUGUAUUCAUAGAGAAUAGACCAAAAAAAGGUGAAAUUCACCUUCAAAAUUGAAUUGUGUUUAAAUUUAGGGCAAAAUUAAUAAUUUCCAAUUCCUAGUCAGAGUUCCCUUGAUGUCUUUGGUGCAUUAUCAUUCCUAAAUUUUAUCAUCUUUGUGUUUUCCUUGUGAAAAAUUGUUUUUACUGACUACGGUGACACCCACCAACACACUGAAGUGCAGUGGUCAGUGUGGCCAUUGGGAAGGCACUCCCUUGUAAAGCAUAGUGAAAAUAGCUUGCUCAAAUAGAAGAGUGUCUUGGUUAAGACUGACUCAGACACUCAGUAGCAACUGUCUGCCUUCUCACUCCUUUCUCUUAUGCUUUGUCUCUACAACUGUUCUAUACACUUUCUAGGGUUUUAGGAAAUAAUAAGAUUUUUUUUUAAAAAACUGACCCUUAAAAUUUCCUACAGUAUUUGAGUUGUACAAAGUAUAACUUGGAAGAGGAGAAAGUUUCUCCUCAUAAUCUUUAUUAAACUAAUGGUAUAAAUCUGACUGAUUUAGCUGACUAAAGCCAGAGUUUUUCACUCAGAAAGUACUAUAGAGAAUGUGGUUCUGUGGGGUAAUACUCUUCGGGAUUUUAUUUAUUGUAGAUUCUAUCAGGUUACAUAAAAGAAACAAAAAGAAGAGAAUCAGAAAAGCAGUAACUCGUAGUUUUUUUUUUCUUCUUCCUUUUAACGAGAACUCAAUCUGACAUGAGUAAGAGAAAUAUUCCCAAUCCCUUCUUAAGCUUGAACAUAGGAACUGGGGAAGUAGUAAGACCUGAUUCUGUAACCUGAUUUAACUUCUGUUAGGUACAUUCUUCAUGUGAUAAAAGUACUGUGUUGGGUUUACUCCUAAACUUAAACUCUGAAUCAUUGGAGUGUGAAAGAGUCAGUAGGUCAAGGAUACCGGCACUGGACAUUAGACAGAAACAACAGUUGUGUGAGGUCCAUGGCACCUGUGAUCUCCUUAGCCACACAAUAUAAAGUCUUGUCCUAGACUCUCAAAACCAGUAGCAUACUAACUACACUGCUUACACUUUAUACUACUAUUGUCAUCUACUUUAUAUUUUGAGGGGAACAUUUUUAAAUGUCUCAUUUUUGAAGGAGUGUGGUUUGUUUCUUCAAUAUAUUCUAUAAUCAUCUCUUACAUUCUGCAAGGCAGAGUAAUUCUUAAAACCUAGCAUCAUUGUUCAAAUGCCAUUCCUGGAAUAAUCAUAAAAUACAAUGCUAAGUGGUAGUGGCGACUGUCGCCCUAGUGUCCCAGAGAAUGAAGUACUGACUCUGAUUCUCUAUUCUUUGGCCGUAUUGAAUACUAUUGUACAAAUAAUAAUGUUGAACACAAGGAAGAACACGUACCUGGAACAGCAUGGUUCUCUUGUAUGUCUGUACUUACUAGGCUGUACACAGAUUAAAUAUCCUAAUGCUUUGUUUGUUGUUUGAGCCUUGGGAAAAUACGAGCGUUGGUGAAUGGAGAAGUAGCUAGGCUGUGGUCAUAGGGACAUCCUGUAAGCACUCUAGUCCUCCAUUGUGCAAUGCCAUCCCCUGCCAAAAGAACAGUGUUAAAAGAGUGAUGCUGUUCUCAACAGACAAUCAAAGACAGCAUUUAGGAAUAACCUGCUUGUGUUUUAAAGAACAUACGCACAAGAAUAUUUUGAUUGUCUUCAAAGCACUAGUGCACAUACAGUUAUUUUUUUCCCAAAACAUUUCAUGUCUUUGGCCUGGUGGUAGUUCACAGUACUAAUUUAGUUGGUCUAAUUUCGAACAAAUUCCAUAGAAUAAAUUGACUAUUGUAGACAGUAUUCUUUCUCUGUUUUCUCCUCCCUCUCCUCAAAAUAGCACAUUUUCAGUUUUCAGUUGCCUCUCUUGGUGGUGUUUGGAGUCUCAGUGGAGCAUGAGAGAACCAUUUAGUUUGUUACUUCUUUGCAUUUGUCAUUUGGAGAGAGUUUCUUCAGCCUACUGUCAAACACUGCAAACAACUUUACCUAAAAGUACACACUUGAAAUACAAAAACUUCACAACAGAUCAAAACACUAGAACCAUGAAAUGAUGAGCUAAGAAUAGAGAAAACAAUGUUAGAACGUUAUUGCCACUUGCUAAUUUGCUUCGGAAACUGCUGUAUUGGCCUCCAUGUUCUUCAGAGGCAGUAAGAUUUGUACCAAUGAUUUCACAAUCUAGAAUUCUAACAGGAUGAAAUCUGUUGCUGUUUAGUAGGUACUUUAAAGAGUUUACCAUGUUGUAACCAGGUAUAAAAAGAGAACUCUAGAAUUCAGUUCACUAGUCAUCUUUUUUCCCUCCCACCUACUAUACCCAACUGGAAUUCAGUGAGAGUCUACCACCAUGACCCUACUCUUUACCCUGUUUAAUUUUUCAAAUAAAACAUGAUAAAGGCCAGAGCUGCUCUUUGAAUUAAGAUAGAUCUAUAUGGAUUGUAAGAAAGGAGGACUGGUCCUUCGCUCAGCCACUCUUGGCAUCCUUACCAUAGUUAGCUAAGAGUUUAAGAUGAGUAGAAAGUUUAGAAUCAUUCUUGGCUAUAUAGAAAUGUAGGUCAGUCUGGAAUACAAAAGACCCCAUCUUUAAAGAGAGAGAUGGGGGGUUGUAAAAGAGUGACAAUAAAGGUUUCAUCAGUACUAAUAACUAAUAUUGAAUUAUCUAUUUUAAACUACUACUACAUUGCUGGACCCUUUAUAUAGACUUUCUAUUCUGUAUAACAACAUUAUUACCUUCAUUAUAAUUUUCCAGAGAUUUAAAAAUUGGCUCCAUAUUUCCCAACUAAUAUAUUUGUCAACUAAAUCGACACUUAAACAUUGUGCUUAGCUAGGCCAGGCUACCUAUAAGACUUACUUAGAAACACACACAUACACACACACCAACUUAGUAAAACACAGUCUGUCCCCACCAGAAUAAAUUAGUUUCUGAUCACUGGGAACUAUGUAAUCCAAAACUAUUCCCUAUAAAUGGGAUUAUUAAUCUCACCAAGAGAAGUUUGCUUUAAUGAAGAUGUAUUCAUUUGGUUUAGGUAGCUGUUCAUAAAUAGAACUUACUUGGUCUUAAGUGUAGAUUAUAGACUGAACUUCAAAUCCUGGUCAACUAUUUCAAAUAAGUACCAGUAAUUUUUAAAAGGUUCAAAUGAUGGGACCAUAGAUGGAUCAUCCUGAUUCUUUCCCUAAGGACAGAAAAGACAAAUCGCUGUUCACUAUGGGUCUACUGUUUCUUUUCAUGAACUGAAGAUAACUGGCUAUGUUAAAUUAGUUUGGAAAUAAAUCUUAUGACUAUUAUUGAGAGGUUUGCUUGUUUCUUACAACUUUUUCCUGCCAUCUGACUGAGAGUUCACCCUUCCUCCAUACUCUGGCACGUUAUUCCUGUCCCUGCCACACUGAAUUACCAACAGGAUCAGUGUUCCAUUUACAGGCACAUAUUUUCCCCCAUUGCUUUGGGAUGAUGGUUUAGGAAAGUUUAGGGCCUGUUGACUCCCUGACUUCUGAUAGCCACCUGCAUUUCCAUGCAGUGGGAAUGAUGGAGUGAGAAGUCUAAGACUGCAUUUCUAACACAUUUCAGAAAAAAUGGAUGAUACUGAGCUGUGGCAUUAAGUCCUGCUGUGAUAGAUGAGAGUCUAUCUGACCUAUAAAAAUAGUAGAGGGAAGAUUUAGAACUAGUAUCCUGUUAGGAAGAACUUAGACUCCCUUUAGAUAUUCACAAAGUGCAAACACCAUUUUAUAAGUUGACUAGAGUUUUCUUAAAUUAUUUUUUUCUCUUUAUACUCAUUCCAUUUAAUGACCGUUCUGAUUCCAUAUCACUUUUCAACAGCUAUCUCAAGAUCUAUCUGGCAGGGAUGAAUUAUAAAGAUAUGAAAAUCAUCACACAGAUAUAUGGAUACUGGAGCAUGUUUUUAAUUUAUUAAGUAAUUCUGGCAUAUAAAUCUUAGUAAAGCAAAGUGAAUGAUUACUCAAAAUAUUACUUACAAGCUUAUUGAAUAUAAGAUAUUAAUACCUGAAGGAACCUAGAAAUUAGUCUCCAAAUUCUACAUUUUGUAAUAUAUAUCAAGUAAUAUGAGUGAUUCAUGGGUUAGGUAAAUAGACUUAAGACUUUAAAUGCUGAUUAUUUCUUGAGAAAUAUACGUGAGGUAAAAUAAACUCAUUUCCUUAAAAACACAUAACACGAUCUUCACCAUCUUUCUGAGUCUUCCUUCUAUUCACAAGAUAGAGGAACUAUAUAGCACUGUGGUUCUUAGUUAAAGGUUGGACCCAUUGCUUUCAAUGGAGAUUGUUCCCAUGGGCACUCAUUAAACAUAUUAUCCAAGAGUAAAUAACACUUAAAAUUGCUUAAUUUUUAAUAAAUAACUUACUCCCUGUUUGCCAGCCUAGUGGGGAUGGUAUAGGCUGACUAGGUGGGUAUGUACUGUAGUAUACAUAGAGAAAAUCAUUGUUACCUGCAUCUUUCCAACUCUAAGAGCUUAUUAGGAAUAAUACAUGGGACUUUUAAAAUUCAGCUCUCUUAAUUAGCCAAAUUGAAUGCAGAAGUACAAUUUCAAAUUGCCAAGGAUUGUUCUGAAAACAUCCAAAUACCCUUUCACCCACUUCUAACUACAAACACUAGUUUUAAGAGCUGUACCUGCGUGACAGAGCGCUUGCCUAGUGUCUUCAAGCCCUGGAUUCCAUCUCCGACACUAAGAAAUGUUUUUAAAGAAAAACUAGUUUUUCUUGGCCCUUACUAAUUAGAUGAAUUGGUUAUAAGUUACAUAUACACACAAAUAACAAACAUUCAUAUAGAUUCCAGUUCUGUGCCCCUGAGCCUUGCUCUUGAUGAAGUAAUGGAAACUGGAUUCAUCUCAUUUGUGGUUAUACUGAAUCACCUGCCAUAAAAUGUUGCCUGGAGAUCUGUAAGGGCGGGGGCAGAAGAACAUUCAUGCCAAAUGUAUGCUAUUUGUCAUCCCAGCUUCAAAACUAUAAAGAAAUCAUCAUAGGUCUAAAAAGCCCAAGUUCAUCAAGGCAGCUGGUACUUACAGCACCUGUUGCCAUGUGACUCACCUAGGAUUGAGUCUAAUAAUUCAAAGAAAUUGUUUGAAACCAAUAGUCUGCUUUGAAAACAGCACAGAAUCUCCACUGUGCCUCUGAGGAACUAGAAGAACUAUUAGCAUAAUGAUGUCAGGUAGUAUGCCUUUAAAUGUUGCAUUUGUAUUUGCUUCAGAAGAGUUCUAAGCACCUUUAAAAUAACAGCAUUUUCUCCCUUUAAAAUUGAGUCCAUUUGGGCCAACGAAAUGGCCUAGCAGGUAAGGGCAUUUGCUGCCAAGCCUGACGAUGUAAUCUCCAGAACCCACCUGGUAAAAGAACCAACCCCAGCAAGGUGUCAUCAAAUCUCCAUACAUGGACCUACACACACACACACACACACACACACACACACACACACAGUCAAAUAAAUUUCAAAAACCUAAAGUAGAUUUUACUCCAAUGAUACUCAGACAUUAGUGACAUGGUUUAAUAACAAAGUCAGUUUGAAUUCUCAUCUCCAGGGAUUAUGAUUUAGUUGGUAGAACAGUUCUGAAAUUAGCAUUUUAAUUGUCUUGUUCAUAUCUUGUUAUAAUUAUCUGGAAACUUAGUGGUGGUGGUGUUUAUGGUAAUGGUAGUGGUGGCGGUUGUUGUGACAAGGUCUCCUGCUGUCCAGGGUGGCCCCUCACACUGUCUAGAUCAUUUUAGCUGGCCUUUAGCUCCUGCUCCUACCACCUCUGCCUCCAGGGUGCUAGAAAUAUAGGUGCCAGCCACCACCUCCAGUUGAGAGCUAUUCAUUGUCAUCGAUUUAAACUAUAAAGGUCAUUUUUCUAGCUGAAAUUGCCGACAUUCAAAUACUGUAGCGUGUCAUUGUAGAUGAUGAUCUUUUUUAACAGUGUUGACAAAUAUGUGUUGCUUGCUUUAAACACAUGAGACUUAAGGUGUAAACCCGGGUGUUUAAUUUUGUGAUGUCGCAUUAGCCAGCUUUCUGGCAUAGCCAGUCAAUAUCGAGGACACCAGUGUCAGCCUCCAUAGUUCCAGCUUCCUCUCCCCACUGAUUGCUUACUCCCUAGGUUUCACAGCCCAAACAUUUCUGAAAUUCUCUGCAGCCUGAGGCUCUCACAAUUUGACCAUCCAAGUCUCACAUAAUUUUCAUCAGCCUUUUCUAUUAAAAUAUUGGGACUAUAAUAACAUCCUUAGUUGGGGACAUCUUUGAAUGCCUCACUUCUAGUUGUCUUUUUCUAUGUCCAAAAAUGCUUAUCAUAAAAUUAACCAUUUAAUAAUUUCCUAGUGUUCAAUCAUGUGAUUUGUAUGGAGCCAAUUUAAAGACCAUUUCUAUCUGGAGAAAAUGAACUCCUAUAGCACUAAUCUCCCCACUUCUCCUUAGCCCAGCCCCAUUGUAUUUUUCUCACAGCCUUUUUAAAAAAUGUGCAAAUAGCUUCUUAACCCCUCUUCUUUCAAUAAUGGACUUAUAGUUAUUUCCACUAGAAUCGCAAAGCCCUUGUAUGCAUAUGAAAAUUGCCCACAUAAUCCUUGUGAUUGAAUGGAGGAUAUUUUGUCCUGGGAGUUCUGCCACUGAGAGGAAGCUUUUAUUCUGAGAACUAGGAGACUUGUGGCCAUUUUGUGCUUGCUUGUUCAAGAUUUGAAACUAUAGUAGCCAGGAUAAGUAGGCUUAAAUUCUAGACUUUGUAUGAUUCUUUGCAGUGGACAGCAGAGGUUUAUCUUCUAACAAUACAGAUACCAGAUUGGACACUUCCCUAAAGCCUGACAGUAUUAAUAUUCGUUAAAUAAUUUCAAAAAUCUUUCUUUAAUACAGUAUGAAACUUUAGCAUAAAAUAACUAUUAUGAGAAUAAUAUAUCUGGGUAUAAAAUAAUACAGGUGUAAAGUAAAAUGCACUUUUUGACAAUAUUAUUUUCCUUGACCCUAAGAACACUCAACACAAAAAGGUUUUUCUCUUCUCCCAUUAAGGAAAAUUUUUUUCAUUAAAUUAAAAGAAUUUGGCUAGUGAGGUGUGUUACAACUGGCUGCUUCUAUAGCAGACCAAGAAAUUACUUUUCUUUCGGGGCUCCUUUCGCUAUUUCAAGUCUUCCUUCAUUAUAUAUUAUUAGCAUCCCUAAAUCCCAGAGCUCCACUUAGUAUACUGAACUCCCUGGAGCUCCACCUACAAACUCCACAAUUUAGUCAUUCCUCCAAUUGUAGUCUCUGAUAUAAGAUUAGCACUAAUAUUUUACAAAUAAGAGCCUGUAGAUAACACUGCACUUCAGCCUAAAAAGUCCCCGAGUUCUGAGCUUUCAUUUUAAAAGCAUUUACCUACUUUAUUAUAAUACUAAAUUUAUUUAGAAUACAGAAUGCCUGUGGCACUUAUGGUCACUAAUGCUAGUUUGAAUUCUUGUUCUUUUAGUAUUAUGAAACCAUAUUUAUAUAGAAGCAAGUUUAUGAGCAAUUGGGUAAGUAUGUGUGAUUUCAUGUGUUAAUCACCAUUUAUUAUUCAACUUUUUUUUUGAAGGCUCUAACUUCCAUUUGAAGAUACAACACACUGCAAUUCAAGCAGUUCCUUCCAUUAAGCUAUUUGCCUCUGAUGUGUAGGCUUAUUAUAUAGAAUCUACAUACCAUUUGGUAGAAACUUCUGCAUUUACAUAGAAAAGGUUAAUCUUGGGUAAACACAGACCUUGAUUCUCUAGACUCUUUUUUUUUUAAGUUUAGAUUAGAAACAAGGUUGCGUCACAAGUCAGUUCCAAGUCCCUCUCCCUUUCCCUCCCCUCCUCCUGUGCCCUCCCCCUUCUCUAGACUCUUAAUAAUUAAUUCUUAAUAAUAUGUUACUAUUAGUAAACUUGUUACACAGCAUAGCUUUAAACUAAAGUGCAUAUGAAUCCUAAAUUUCAUGCUGUAUUUAAACUAUGCUUAAGAAAGCCAAAGAAUUUUGGGUGUUUACUACUUCCACUUUUAAGUCUUUGUCGAAUGUAAAGGAAAGGCACUAUGUUCAGGGCCCAGAUCUGGGUUUUCUAGUGGUGCCCAGGCCUAGAAUAAGUCAUUUAACUCAUCGCUUGAGGGAACUGAGCAGGAUCUGUGAACUCUGCACUCUUCUAAUGCCUGUGUCCCUUGAGCCAGUCAAACUUCUUAGCUCGCUCUCUUCGACUUCCUUCUAUGGCCCUCAUCUUCUCCAGCUGCUCUUUGUUGCUUCUAACAUUUAUUGGCCAUCUUACCCUUAGCAUUCUUCGUAUUUAGUUAUGACUGCUUUACAAUUUACUUCUAAUUUGCCCAGUCCCCGUGAUUAAUCUACUGGGUGUGUGUGUGUGUGUGUGUGUGUGUGUGUGUGUGUGUGUGUGUGUGUGUGUUGAAAGUAACACAGAAAUUAGUUGGUGAUCAUAUAUAAGUUUUAACUAGAUACAAAAGCUUUAAGUAGACAGUUCUUAUAGUUUUGAGAUUCUUAAACAUAUAACCUAAAUCUUGAUUAAAUAUACUUUAAACUUAGUUUCCCAUGUGAAAACUCUGAACUCCUUGACUUGAAUGUAAUUUUUUUGACUUGAAUAUAAAUUUACAGAGUCUCUGACUUCCUCCUUUGCAUUCCCCUCCACACCUUGCCCUGUGCUGAUUGCAUAAAUCAGCUUCCUCCCUUAAUCACCGCUGUUCCUCUUCCUGCUCCUUUUCUGCCUUUGAAGUCACAUACUUAGCAGAAUUCUAAAUGGUGACAAGUGGGAAGGAAAGUGAUCAUUUAAAACCUUCGAGGAAAUACUAUGUCUUUUGUUUCAAAGAUCCCUCACAAAUUAAGGAGCAAUUUGAUAGGGGGAUCUUCUGUUCCCUACACAUUCUAAGCUCUACUUAAAGACAUUUUUGUGCCAUGUCCAAUAUUACUUGAUUCUACAUAUCUUUUGGAGCCUAAUCAAACUUGUAUUUUCAUUCAACACAUAUUUCAUUUAUCUGCCGUGUUCCAGGCAGUGUGUUCAUACAUAUGAGAAGAAUGUUUGGAGAUAUCAUAAUUAGCUGUAUUUUACGUUUAGCAAUUGAUCCUUCAAAUAUGAUUGUUUACAUUCUGUCAUUGUAUAUUUCACUCAUGCAAACAGACAAAUACAACAGUACUAUUUUAGACAGUAAUUAUGUCUUCAUCAUUCCAAAUCUCUCUUGCUGUCCUAAGAUGAAAAUAACAAUCUGUUUCAUCUCGUGCCUACUGUGUUCAAGUGGUAAUGACUUCCUGAGGAACGAGCAUGAGGGGUGAUUAUGCAGCCCCAUGAAGACUCAUCAUAUAAGGCUACCAUGAUUCUGUAGUUGGAAGGCAAGAAGUAGUGACAUGUAUUGCAUAGUUGCGCUCCCUGCCUUCGGCUUUUAUAUUCUGCCUCACUUUAGUUUUAGUUCAUUUACUGUGUAGUCACAGAUUCCUUUUCACAUAAUAGAAUUUAUAAACAUCCACCAGUAUUCUUUAUUAUAAUGACUAUGUCACUAUAUAUGUACCAAAUGGUACAAGCCUAACUCUGUUUGGGGUGUGUCAGUGAGUCAGCAGAUACACUAAUUCUCAUAUAGAAACAUUGCAGUGCAAAGAUACACAGUUAUUUGUGGUGUAAGGAACUGAUAUAUCCUGAACAUUUUCCUGUGACUGUCCUUUAAUUAUUAAAUAUUUUAUAAUUAAGUUAAAGACUGGAAAUGGAUAUAGAACUUUAAAUUAUAGUUUAUAUAUAAUUUAGAAUCAGAUUUCUUUCCCAUACUCAACCUCAUUUUAUCCUGAUUUAAAUUAGUUGAAUAUUGCUAACCCUACUUAGACAUUGCAAAACUCAGGCCCUGGCAGGUGACAUGAUUUGCUGUAAUCACCACCAGCCUACCUAAUAUUAAAAUAGCAAGCUGUUAAUGAGCCCACUGAUAAUUAAAGCCUUCAUACUAACAGACAAAUUUUAGGUGGCAAACUUGAAAACAAAAGUUAGUCAGUUUAAACAUGCUUUUAUAGUUCAUUUAAAGGGUUUCUAAAACUGCAUUCUAGGCAGAUGUGGUAGUGCAUGCCCAUACUCCCAGCAGGAGCAGGAGAACACAAGUUCAUGGCCAGCCUGGACUACAUGAAAGUCUAUCUCAAAAAAAAAAGUAAGAAAGAAACUAGAAAUAGCAUUAUAGGUACUUUCUUGAUUUCACAUGAACUUUAGGCUCAAGUCUACACUUAACUUUAUGGUGGCGUUUGAGCCCUGGUAGGAGACACAGCAACUCAGUGCUCUGGUGAUCGUGUCGGUACACAGAGGACAUAACUGGAUUCUGACCUGUCAGCACAGCAGCCUAACUUUCCAGCCUCAGACACACAUGAAUCUCUCUGCCGGAGCAACCUAGUCCCUUCUUGUCCUCCUGCCGCAUCCUGUCAUUGCACCUGCAUUGUGAAUUUAAUAGCAGGUCUAAUAAAUCAGCCAGUGAACCUUUUCACUAUGUUCACUUUUUUUUUUGGUUUUACGAGACAGGGUUUCUCUGUUUUGGAGGCUGUUGGUCCAGCCUGGCCUCGAACUCACAGAGAUCCGACUGCCUCUGCCUCCCGAGUGCUAGGAUUAAAGGCGUGCGCCACCAACGCCCGGCUAUGUUCACUUUUUAUAUUUGUCUAGUUUAUUGGUUUUAUAAUACAAUAUUUUAUUUGUUGAGAGUUUCAUGCAUGCCAUGAACCUAUGCUCUUAUGAACAAGAGAUCUACAAGUGACUACAUAGGAAAUUGAAAGCAGACUUUUCCAAAGGUCUGUUUGAAGGUAAUGUGUCAGUUUGUUAUCAGACUGACUCCAGAACCCACAGCUCUGUUCCCUUCACGGGUGUUCACAAUGAACAACAGUGAAGAGUCCAGGAUGCUGCAGCAUCCUCAGUCACAAGCUCAAAUUCAACCAUGUUCAUUAUGCCAUCUCUAUUUGAGCAAGAAAAAAACCAGAAUUCUCUCCAUUUCAAUAGGAUUAAUAACACUGUGAGCAAAACUUUAAGUAGGAAAUUCCAAAAAAUAAAUGACACCAUCCUUGGUAUUCCCAGCUUAUCAGAAUUGGAGCAUUGCUGAGGAAUUAGCCAUCUUAAUUUCUGAGUUUUAUAUGCAAAUUGGAUUAUUCUGACCUUACCAUUUGUGACCAUAAAAAGUUCAUAUGCAGUUUGGCCUAAUCUGCAAGAAUUAUCAUAUAUUUAUAAAUUAUCAUACAUUUAAAUAUGAUAUAUGUAAAUUGUACUUUGAAAUGCUGUAUAUGAUUAGAAUUAUCAAGGAAGAGCUUAAUAGAAGUUCCAUAAUUGCCUUUUACUAUGAAAAAAAAACAAAAAUCAUUAUAAUCUACUUCCUCCACUCUUAUGCUAUAGCAAUGAUUUUAAUAAUAUUCCUAGGUCCUAAAUCUCUGUAAAUUCUCAAGCAUUAGCACAGAGUAGUAAAUAAUACAGACAUUGGUGUCAGCCAGUCCUGGCUUGACGUCCAGAUUCUAUCAGUUUGUCCUUGCUGACCAUCCACUAUGUUCUGGGCCAUCUUCUGUCUUCAGGGCCAUGUAUGCAUUCCAAAGCAAAAGAACUGCUGGUGAGCCACAUCCUCCUUAAGAAGGUUAAACACAAAAUCAGGACAAAAUAUCUGUCACAUGGUGACUCUUAAGAAACAUGAACGACAUUAUUAAUUCUUCCCAACCCAUAAAAAUACCUGAUUCCAUCCAUGGCAAGUAUAACAAAAUGAUGCACAGUUGGAAGGGAGCCUCAUUCAGUUUACAACAAAAACUCCCAGGUAGCAGUGGCGAGGAAAGCUGAACCUCCAAUUGGAAGUGUUUUAGUUAUUUGUAAAAGGGCAUGGGUACAUAAGUGAAAAUUGCUUGGACAGAAAACGAAAGGCACUAGCUGUACAAGAAAAAAAAUAUGUAUGUAAGACUCCAUCAGAAUGAGAAUUUGCUGUUCAUCCAAAGCCAUCAUUAAGAAAAUGAAUAAGAUUUGUUUAAGAAAUUAAAAUGUUUCCAUCAAUAAAAGACAACCACUGGGUAGUCCACACAAUGAGGACCGGCUGCCCCUGCUUACUUUGCAUGUUUCCUCAUAAAUGAUAGCCACAAGACUUGACAGCCUAAUAUCUAUUUGUCUGCCUGUGCUAUCAACUUUGAUCCGUUCAUUCAUAAAAGAUAGGGACAAUUUUCAAAGAUGCUACAUGAUUUCUUCAAAAGCACUUAACAACUAACUUCAAAACUUGCCCUAGAUCUUCUAAAGUGGUUUCUCCACUAGCCAUUGUUCAUCAUUUGCUUCAGAACCAGUGGAAGUAUAUGUUUUAUUGAAGAUAUUGCUAGGUGUUUUCUCUCAGCUGCAAGAAUUUUCUCACACCUUUCUUCUAAAAUUGAAACCAACAGCAUUACAAGUCAAGUGUGGUGACAAAUGCCGGUGACCUCAGCCACUCAGGAGGCAGAGGCAGGACUGCUAGUCCAGCUAAGGCCACAGAGUGAGUUCAAGGCCAGCCUUGGCUACUAAGUGAAGACCCUACCUCAAAACAAAGUUGUCCUUUAAGUCCUUUAAAGGGAGAAGCAUUCCACUUGCCUUUAGGCUUUAGGAUAUAGGGAACAGCCACGGUUUGGGCCCCAGUGAUUAUUAUAGAACACUACAGAUCAUGGGCUUGCCUUCCCUCUUGGAUAUAUGAACUGUAUUUUUUUUCUUUUAUCUCAAACAGGAGCGCUGUCUUCUUUUGACACUUAGAGAUUUGUAAAGCUACUAGAAAUGUGUGUCUGAAACAUCAUCUGACUGUCUAUUGUGUUGACUGCACAGGUGUUUAUAGUCCAUUCUGAGAGGCUCACAGGGGCUGUUAGUGUAAUUUAACUGUCAGUGGAAACUUUAUAGCUGUGCUAUCUUCUUAUUAAUUUAUUGUUUAUUAUAUCAGCUUAUAUUUAUGCAGUUUUCUGUUAAUGGCCAUGAUAAUAAUUAUGGAUCAUGAAGUCAGCCUUCUCUUGUUUGGUAUGCCUACACUUUUGCUUUUAAUCAAUUUGAAUUUGUAAUGUGGAGUAAGAAGCCACUUUUUUCAAGUUAAGGAAUAACAAUUUAAGGGAAAUGAUGUUAUUAGUUUACUUUUUUAACAUAUCCUUACUAUAGCCCUCCUCAUGCAGGGACAUUGUACUUUUUCAUUUUCUCCCUCUACUCUCAGGUGGAGGUGACUAUGAACAGUAAAAUAUUAUUUUAGAUGUCUUUGUAUGGUAUAUGAACAUGGGACAGCAUAAGUCUUUGGUAGGUUUUAAUUGAAACUGCCAUAAGGAAUACAUUGAAGAAAUUAUUGGCUUUUGCUUACAGUUUUAACUUCACAGAUGAAUACUUGGCGUCACUUUGAGCAAAUUCUGUUCAGUAUAUUAGCAUUUUCUUCUCAGAACUAAUAUAAUUUUCUUUUAUUUUUAGAAUGAUCAUAAAGUGUAAUAAGGUUAUUUCUGUAGGAAACUAAUCAUGCAUUGGAUAUUUGACUCAGAAAGUAACCUCUUUAAAACUGAUGAACACAGGGCAAAUUAUAAUGAUGGGGUAGUUAGUCAUAAAUUAGGACCCAACCACUGGCAUCCCAAGGUUUUUAAAUGUGGAAUUAUGUGGAAUUAUAUAUAUACCAUGCAGCAUCAGAUAAAAUCUUGUCCCCUCCCACCUACUCACUGUACUGAAUUAAUCCCCUUUCUGAGCUGGCAGUCCUGCCCUGUAGAGUAUUAGUCCUGGAUUCCAUUCUAGAGUGUGUUACUCUUUAUGGGAGAGUUUGAAGGGGAAAGUUUUGAAAAGGAAAAUAACACCCACCUUCCGAUGCUUAUGAAAGAAUACCUAGUUGUAUUCACUAUAAUGCUUUUCAGUUUUUGACUGAAACACAGUUUACAUGGUAUCUGUCAGUCAAUACUCAGUGACUAUGGAGACAUGAAGAUUUCUAUUACCCAGGAAAUUUGUAUAUUCCUGCUCCCAAUCAACAUCCCCACAGCCCACCUACCUUCCUAAUUUCCAAAAGCAACCAUUGAUCUAAUCUGACAUGUGUUUGUGUAUUCUAGAAUUUCAUUUAACUUAGCAUGUAUUUUUUUUUCAUUUUGGUUUCUUUUAUUUGCCUUUUAGAUCAUCCAUGUUGUUGAUUUUCACAAUAGUUUCUUGUUAUUGCUGUUAUCUUCUUAAAACAAAUCUGAACUGUGUAUCUGAAUUGAUUAAUAUCUUGACAGUAAAUGAAAGUAAGAAUACAAGGUGAGGAAAUACUGUCAAAUAGUAAGUGACAGUCCCCGUAACCUCUUUCACUUUAACUGGGGCUGUAUGAAUCAAGCAGUACCCUUCAGGACCCUUGAGUUAGUCUACUAAAAUAGAAAGUGGGUGAGCCCAUCAGCGAUGACAGUGGCCAUCAAACUAUUUCCUUCACUUAAAGUUAUGCUGUGAUUUCACAGAGUAAAUGUUAACAGUAAUCCCAGGUGAGGAAAUCCUUACUAUAAUGUUUAUCAAAGCACCCUGGACUGGAGCUGGGCCUAGUGCUGCAUACCUGCAAUCCUAGUAUUUGGGAGGCAGAGGCAGGAAAAUUACAAGUUCCAGGCCAUCCUAGCCCUAACUGUCUUAUAAAGAAAAUUGAGCCGGGCGGUGGUGGUGCACACCUUAAUCCCAGCACUCAGGAGGCAGAGGGAGGCAGGUCUCUGUGAGUUCGAGACCAGCCUAGACUACAAGAGCUAGUUCCAGGACAGACUCCAAAAAAACCACAGAGAAACCCUGUCUCAACCCCCCCAAAAAGAAAAAAUUGAUAGAUAGAAUACUUCCAUUGUUGGUCAAUGCAGUAAUACCUUAGUAGCUGUUAUGCAUUCUAAGUGAUGUAACAUGGACGUAGUGAACUCAAUUUUAUAGUUAGAAAUUCAGUUUGAUCUUUAAUUCUAAGAAAAGCUUAUAUAAAUUCAAGGUGAAUAGGUACAAUAAAAUUGAUCAAGAUUGUGUCUGGGUUUUUCUACACAUCCAGUGAUAUUCAUUCAGUGAAUUUGAGCAAAUAUUUACUGUGACUCUAGGGUGCUGCAUACUACACUGUAUUUCGGUAUACCUAAAGGGUGAAAGUUUUCCUCUUCUGUGGUCUUUUGCAAAAGAGUUCUAUCUGUGUCCUAUGCAUAACUGAAGUUGAUGUCACCCUGCAACCUUAACCACCUCUACCUUCAGCACUAGGAACACAGAGGGAUUCCAGCAUGUUGUUACAUACCAGUAUCAUAUACAACAGCUACUCUCUUGCCAUUCUAUGAGGAUAAUAUAUCAUUUUCCAUGUUUAAAUAAUUGUUUGGCAGUAGAAAAGAGCCAUGUAGCACCAUAAUGCUUAUAUCAGUUUGUGAAAGGUACCCUAAUGAAAUAAAUGCUAUUAUUUUAUUUCUGCACAUCUCAUAUCCACUGUUCCCAUUCCUUUUUACCUUCCCACAUACCACAUAGUACCGCCACAAUCCCUCACUGGUCUUUUUUAAAUGCAUUUGUGCGUGCGUGCGUACGUGCGUGCGUGUGUGAUGUCUGGAGAUGGGCAUGCAUGCCAGGGUGCACAUGCGGAGGUCAGAGGACAACUUCAUAGAGUCGGUUCUCUUCGUGCACCUUUAGGUGGGUUCUGGGGAUCAAACUCGGGCCACCAGGCUUGCAUAGCAAGUGUCUUUACCUGCUGAGCCAUCUUGCCUCCCUUCCUUACCCGCUCAUGCUUACCUUUCCCCGGUUUCACUAUUCAUAUUUCAGUCUGAUCAUUUCAAAAAUACUGAAGUGAAGCUUCUCUCUAAUGUGACCUACUUUCGUGUAGAAUUUGGCCUACGUUGUAUUUCUCAUUUUUAAAAGGCCAGUUAGAUUUGAAUCACCAAGGGAACCUCAUUAGUAUAAUUUAACCCAUAAGGAAAACCCAAGGAACCAGCAUAAUAAGCCUCGAGGAUAUAGUCUCAGUUCUAAAGACCGCUAACUUCUUUUGAGCAAUGCCCAGUCUAUCCUCAUUUUAGUUGUAGUAAUUAAUUUUAAUUAACUGCCAAUAAUAUUUCUUGCCAGAUGGAGAAAAGGAUAUAGCCCCUAUUCCCGUUGGAGUAUGAAAAAUGGUAUCAGCUUAAUGUGGAGAAGGUAAAAAGGGAUCAUGGGCUGUGAAUUAUAAGCUUCAUUUCUUGGUACGUAUCCGUUGCUUGAGAGGCUUCUGAAAAGUCUUAGCAUAACAUAAAAGUUUUUUUUUUGGCUCAGUGAUUGAGCAUGGCCUUAGCACAUGCAGAGCACUAGGUUUAAUGCCCUUCAACAACAACAACAAAAGCCUUUUCACUUUUUAAGUUUUUUUUUGCUUUGUUAUAUUUUUGUUGUUGUUGCUGUUCAGUUAACACAGUAUCACUAAAUAUGCUGAGUUUUAUGUAUAUAUGAAGUGAUUUUAAGUUAGACAUUCAAACAACAUCAAAAACUGCAAUCUUUCCACUAAUUUUAUUUAAAACCAUAACUCUGAUUUUCACAGGAAAUAAUUCAUCUUCCCCUCUUUACAAUGGGAAAUGAGGUCAGAAAGUUCAUGAAACAGUGAGCUCAUGGAAAAUGCUGGGAGAAGGAGAGAUUCCAAACACUAAUUGCAUUGACGAUACAAGCUGUUAUUGUAUCUACAUACUAUUUUGACUUAAAUAGAAUUGGUCAGGAUUUCUAAUACUUCUUACAAAAUUGUUGCCGAAGAACGUAGAGUAAUGACUUAUUGAAAAAAGAUGUUUAGUACUAAGAGCUGUGUGAGAGUUCCAAACCAUUAAACUUUUAGGGCUUUGCUUACCUUUUUUUUUUUUCUUGAAAAGAAAAUCAGUUUUGAGUGCCACCCAGAUUCCCAUUUUGUCAGUGGGAUCAUAAUAAAUAAUUUUAGAGCUAGAAAGAGCUGUUGGAAUCUAGUCUAAUCUCAGAAGUCCCUCAGUCCAAGGGAAUCCCUGUCAUCUCCUGGCCUGACUUUCCUACUUUAACCACAAUCUUCAGGUCCCAGCUGAUGUGGAUUCAUUACUGCCUCUCUGUUCCUUCUGAUAGCCUCUAUGUUCAUGCUAGGAGCUGCAGCUGUGUUUCUUAUUUUCUUGAUUUACCGCUGCAUCUGAAUUAGCAUCAGGAAAGUAUUGGCUGCUGUAUGCAGCAACUCAGCUUUCAACUAGAACACCUGGCAAAGGUAAAGAUGAAUAAUUUAAAGUUUUAGGGAUGAUUGUAGUCAGUGGUGUCACUUACACACUUCAAAAGGCGUUGUCAUAGUGACGUAAGAAUGAAUAGAGCUAUUCUGCUCAUCAGAUAGCAAUGCCACCCACCGUAUUGUACUGGAGGCCAGCAUUGAUCUUCAUGAAGAGACAGUGGGAGGCCAAAUGUAAUAUAAAAGUUAUUUGUCUGUGUUUCUCAGUCCUGUUUCACAUACAUUAAAUCAGCAGGUAUUUAUUUUUCAUAUUCCAUGAGCUAAUUCCUCUGCUGGGUCUGACUGUUAGAGCAGACUGCAAGAUCCUGUUUUUUGUUACGGAAUAUUUGUUUACACUGGGUGAAGAUGUGUCACUGUGAUUGGUUUAAUAAAGAGCCGAAUGGCCAAUAGCUAGGCAGAAGAGAUACCCGGCAUUUCCAGGGAGAGAAAGAGAGAACUCUGGGAAGAAGAGAGGUGGAGAGAUACAAGCAAAAUGCGAAGCAAGUCAGACAUAUGGUACACAUGGCAAAAUGUAGAUUCAUAAAAGGUUAAUUCAGUUAUAAGAGCUAGUUGGGAAAAGCCCAAGUUAAAGCUAAGCUUUCAUAAUUAAUAUUAAGUCUGUUUCAUUAUUUGGGGAGUUGGUGUUCCCAAAAAGAAAAACUUGCUACAGUUUGGCCCCCAAAUCAUAAAAUGUGCUUGGCAUGGAGUGAUAGAAACCAUGUCACUACAUACAGAGCAGAGAAGUUGCAAUCCACUUUUACAAGUUUUGUAUAGUUCAACCACUACCCACACGAUUGAUUAACGUUUCCAGUCUUGUCCCAAUACAGUAAAAAUUCUGUAAAUAUAACAGGUAAAGAAAAGACAAAUAAGAUCAAAUAAUAUGGUAAGAAUGAGUCUCUUGCAGAUGGUCAGUAUUUAUAGCAGUGUGUAUGACUGCUACCACAAGCUGUAUUCUAGGUAAAUAUAAUUGUCUAGCUCCUACACUGUCCAAAAGGGUGUGUAUUAGCAACAGAGACUGCAAAAUAUUAAAUUAUUUGGAGUGUUAGAUUAGCUAAAUAUACUUGGAGUAUUAUUUGUAAUUUAGAGUUUCCGUGUCUGCAAUUUUGAUUAAGAAUUUCAUGUAUUUCGGGGCUUUGUAUUUCUCUUGCAAACGUUGAAUGCUAAAACUAUCAAAACCCAUUACUUAAUGGUAAAAGGAUUAAUUUUUAUGCUCAAAAACCGUGAGAAGAUUCUGAGGACGGAUAUCUACCCGUCCUAUUAUUAACCUGGCAGUGUGCUGAGCUAGGGUUGGUGGGAAAGGGAGAGGAUUGCCAACCAUUUAUCAUGCAUGAUCCGUUCUGAUUUGUCAGCUUGCUCAGAAGACUACCCUAUCAGUGUCUGUCUCAUGCUUCAGCCAUGCACACACACACAAAAAAAUAUGGAGGGUUUAUAUAACUGGGCAUUUAUUUCAGGCACCUUUUGUAGUCAUUUUCACACUGUGGAACAGUGGUCCUCACGGGGGAUCCUCACGAGGGUCACAUUAUCAGAUAUCCUGCAUAUCAAAUAUUUACAUUAUGGUUCAUACCAGUAGCAAAAUAACAGUUAUGAGGUAGCAACAAAAUAAUUUUAUGAUUGGGAGUCACGACAACACGGGGAUGGUAUUAAAGGUUCACAGCAAUUAGGAAGGUUGAGGACUGCUGCUGUAGAAGGAGGUCCUCAAACUGUAGAAAAAGGAAGUGAUCCUUUCAGAGAGCCAUUUAGUGUUCUGUGAUGAUGAAUUAAUCCUAAUUUCAGCAGUUCUUUGAUGUUCUAACCAACCUUCUCACUCUAUUUAAAUGGAGCAUUUUGCCCAGUUAGCCUCUGGCUUAAGAGAGCCCAGAUGUCCUGCACUUGUGACCACUGGUUUUACAGUCUUGCUUUCCCUGCAUGAUAGCAUUUUCAUCCCAUUUUUCAGAGAAAAAGAAUUUUCAGAGAAAAUUCAAGUUUAAUUUCAUUGCCUCAAAAAUAGUAGAACUAUCCAAAUUUUACAUCUGUAUGCAUGCCGGUUAUUUGCACUAUAUUCUAAUACAGUUACUACAUGACAAAGAACCAUCUUUAAUUAUUACCUGAUGAAAUGGGAAUUCGGCAAAAUGAGGGUCUUCAUUUCAAUUCUUUGAUUUGUUCUAUAUUUUGGUGCUUUGGUCUCCAUUAUCCUAUCCUUAUAUUUCUUCUAAAGAUGACUUCUAAUUAUAACUUCUAAAACACAUUUCCAUGUAGUGCUUCUAUUUAAAUAAGAGAGAUAGAAUCAUGUGAAAUCAACAUUGCACAUUUUUGCUGUACUUCAUAAGAAUGAGCAGUUAAGAGGGGGAACCUCGCUAUUUACUACUGUUUUCCAGAUUGGUUAAUCAGCUCCUACUGUCGCUUCAGUGAGUGAAGAGAGGAAGUAUAAUAUGUAGUCAAAUAGACAAAAAUAAUAGCUAAGCUGAUAUGUUUUUUAAAGUGUAAGAUUUCUGUGCACCGCAUAGCGGAGUGUUACUAACAUUUGCCUGAACAAGCUCAUUUGGUGUCGUCGGGUUCUGUGGAAUGUUUUCACUACACUUGGACAUGAAUUCUUAUAAAGAUGUGGGCUCGUAGCAGUCACCGCUUAAAAACUCUAUGCUGUUUUUUGACAGUUAUAGUUCACCUUUCCUGGUUAUAUUUGUGACGUUUGUGAGAUUGUACUAGUAUGCAAAAGAUGAACCUAUAUACGUAUUUAGAGUUUAAAAAAGUAGAAUUGUGUGCAUCUUAGAAAAAUAUAUGGUAACUUGUGGCACUUUGAAAAAGGAAUGUGCAAUUAUAAAGGAUAUACCACUUUGAGAUUUUUAACCCUAGAAUUACUCUUACUAAAACUAGCACUUUGUUCCUACUGUUAAUUCCUGUUGGAUUCUUGAUGUGAAUGUUUCACAUAGACCAUUCUCCCUCUGAGUUUUCUCUUCCUAUGUCCUGACCUCAGCACCUUCAAAGAACUGUUGAAAUUAAUCCAGUGAUGAUCAGGAAAACCAUGACCAUUAGAUAUCACAAGCAUUUACUCUUGUGCUGAUUUAAAUAUGAACCAUUUUCUUGUUAAAAUUCUUUAAAACAAUUUCCAAACAUUUAAAGUAGUGUUUGUUGAUUAGAAUAAUUUGGUAGAAAUCCUGAUAGUCAUAAUUCAUCCCCAAAUCUAAAUUUUCUCACACAAACAUGUAUAUAGAUGUGCUUUAACACAUCCAUAUUCCCCCAAGGGAAAUAAGACAUAUAAUAAAUGGAUUUCUAUGUGGAUAUAGCUCCUAUAUAUAUAAACUUCUGUUCAGUCUCAGGCAUUUUACUGUGAUAUACCAAUGGGUCGUAAGCAGAGUAGGUAUAAAUGCUAACAUUAGAAGUUGGCAUCAACAUAAAUUAUGCAUAAACUUAUUAAAAUAGAAGGCGUCUAUCAUACCUGUAUCUGAAUAAUUUACCAUUGGUUUUCUCUAGCCUUCCCUACUUAAGGCUGCACAAAAAUUUUAAAUGAAAGAAAAUAGAAUCUAUAAACAAAUAAGGUUUUUUUAAUGGCCCCAUUUGCCACAAUUUGAAAAGUUUGUUGAAUUUUUUUUGAGGUUCGUUGGCUACUAACAACUUCUGAGUCUUACAUACAAAUCACAGCAUUUAGAAAUUAGCCAUUUCCCCUUCCCUUUAAAAUGUAUUCAAAAAUUGAUACAAAUUCAUAAAUUUUAACUUAUAGUUACUAAAAAUUGCCAUUUAUAUUGAAAAAUUAAAUAACAUAAGAGCUACAAAAGAUUGCUAAUUAAUAAUGUAAUGCCAUAUACUACCAAACUUCUGGUAGUACUGGGUUUCUUGCAAAGCCUUAAAAUAUUUUAGUGAAAAAAAUACCUGAAAAAAAGAAGGCACUUUAUUAUCUGGAACUAACUAUCUGUAUAGAAUUUGUCUAAAUGUCCCUUAAAAUAUUCUUUAUCCUUUUUAUAAAUUUAUCCUAGCUAUACAUUUUUCUAAAGCCACUUAGAAUAUAAAGUGAUAAAGUAAACUAUUUUAAUUUAACAGAAAAUUGUUACGUAGUAAAAACAAUGAAUAAUACAGAAAUGAAAAUAGUUUUAAAAAGUAUAUAUGAAAAUGGCAAAACUGCCUAAGUUAACAUAUAAUCAUUUAAAAUUAGCAUGUAAAAUAUAAAGACUUUCGGUGUAAACGGUUUUUAUUUGUUAAUUCUUUUCUUAUUUCUACCUUAUCUUGAAAUAAGUACCAAAUAAGAGUACAAUCAGAACUAUUAAACUAGCCUAUCAUAACUUAGUUUUGUUUUGAUUGAUGUAACCAUAAGGCAGUAAGAAUUCAUUUUGUUUCUUCUUUGCUCAAGUCAUAAAGACUUGGUGAAUUACCAAAUGUAAGUCAUUCCUGUAAACAUGCUGGUAUAUAAAUGGUCCCUCUUGGGGAAAUCAGUAGUCAAUUUCUACAGUGGAUUUAGUCAGCAGAAAAAAAUACAGCAUUUUUUUUCAAAAGUAUCAAUCCUCACAUGUUGAUCCUUCACAUCUGCCAACAUAAAAAUGAUAGGCUAAUAUUUUCCAAUUUCAUUUGUGACCAGUAUACCUAAACAUUUUAAGGAAACAUUUUCCAUGAUGCUAUUUAUUUUUAAGUUUUUCUACAUGUUAACCCCUUUUCUCUCUCUACUUUUAAGUAUUUUAAUAAAUGCAAAUGUUUCCUAGAUAGAAUCGUCAUAUCAUGAUACAGAAGACUCAAGUCUAUCAGGUCUUUCUUUACCUACGAGAGACUAAAAGCAAAUUCUGUGUCACCUGUUUGGUUUGUGUCUUUGUGUUCUUUUUAAAAUAAGAUCUAUUAACCCAAAGGUGUGUUAAUGUCAAGGCAUGAACAAUCUUAAAUGUAGAUCUAUUGAGUAUUUUGUAAUGCUGAGUAACAGGUUUUUCUGAAACUCUGUGAUGAUUCUCCUUAGAAAGUUUGUUUAAUGUUAGAUUGUUGUUCUGAAAGAUGUUGGUCCCAGUGGGAUUUUCUAAAAACUGGAAAACAAACGCAUGUAUUACAAGUAUAGAAAUGGUGAAUUGUAAACUUACCAUGCAGUAUUGAUUCUAUUUUCAAACAUGUUUCACUGUUAAAUAUAGACAUAACAUUGCUGCCGUACCGUGACUGAGCACAUUUUCCUAAUGACCCUGUUAUCACUAUUCCAGAAUUAGAUGUUGGGCAGAUACAUGAUUGAUUACUGUGUCUGCAUAGGUAUUUCCAGGUAUAUUCUUCUCUUGGUGAGUAAAAAUACAUUUUCCACUGCAUCAAUACAAUGAGAUCUGAAUAUACCUGUGUCAAUAUUUAUUGCACAUUUCUUAUACAGUAUCUUCAUUUUCCAAAAUUGGCCUAGACUAAAACUGGAGGGUUUGUUACAUGCUUUCUGCCAGAAAGGUUUUCAGUUAUAUUAGUAGUGGGUGUGUAUUGUGAAAAUAGUGGGACACCCUUUAAAAUUUCUUACUUGCUAAAUUUAAAUUAAUAUUUUUGCUUUAGCUCACAAUUACCCUAAAUCCAGAGAGAUCUCAACCUUUUUCACUGUUAUCAGCCCAAGCAUAAGAAACAGCCCUAUGACACUACAAAAACAGUUGAGGACUAAGGACUAACUCCCUUAUAUUCCACUCCAGAAUAAAGGCAUUCGGUGAAAGAAAUGAACCGAAGCUCAUCACCAGUGCAAGGCUUCUGUACUUGGCAUUCCUGCACGGAAGGGAAGACAGGUACCAACGCCAUUGGCAUCAUUUCAAACUGACCUUAUGCAGAAAGCCCUCCACCACACUGGCGGGCUGCUCAACUCAGUUGGGUUUGCUUGGUGUGGGGCAGAGAGGAGUAGGGUUCUUUAUCUUUAAGCCUGUCAGUUUCCAAAUCACUAUUUGUCAGCAUUGAUGGAGAAGACAAGUAAACUUGAAAAUACUUUCUUAAGAGAUCAUGUAACUAUAUAGCUAUGAAUUUAAAUUUUGAGGGGGGUCAUUUCAAUCCGCUGUCUCAUAUAAGAAACAUUUAAAAAAAUCUGUAACUGCUUUAGUGUUAACAGGGUACAAGGUGUUUUUGUCCUGUAUUGUAUUUCAAAGGUUCUCAUCAGUUGUGACUGUAUUGUACUGUAUGAAAAGAAGUCAGAAAUUGCCUUGUAUUGUUUAUAAUGAAUCAUAACACAUACUAAUGCAGUUCUCAUGUUCCAAGUUUUUCAGUGAUGCAUGUUCACAGUUAGGUCCUAACCUCCUGUGGUGCUAACUCCUCCAUGAUCCAAUGGUGCUUUUGUGGAUGCUAACUGCACACAUGCUGAACAAAGCUUGAAAUUCAAAACUUCCCUCCCUUCCUCUGUUUAUAUGAAGUGAAAUAAAAUAACUUGAAUUUGUCUCAAAGUAUCACUGACAAUCCAAUAAACUGGCUUAUAUGUGUCGUUA